CACACACACACACACACACACACAAAAUGGCGACUUCUCUCUCCGUCUCCAGACUCCUCUCUUCCUCCGCCUUCUCCGUCACCAAACCCCUCCUCUCCCCAUCCUCCGCCACCUUCACCUCCCCACUCUCCUUCUCCCGCUCUCUCUCCCCAAACCUCUCCCUCAAAUCCCCCACCCGCCGCACCUCCACCAUCUCCUCCUCCUUCUCAACAACCAUCUCCGCCUCCAUCUCCGUCGGAGACAAACUCCCAGACUCCACCCUCUCCUACCUCGACCCCGCCACCAACGACGUCAAAACCGUCACCGUCUCCUCCCUCACCGCCGGUAAAAAAACCAUCCUCUUCGCCGUCCCGGGAGCCUUCACACCCACCUGCUCUCAGAAACACGUCCCUGGAUUCGUCUCCAAGGCCGGGGAGCUCAGAUCUAAGGGCGUUGACGUUAUUGCCUGCGUCUCGGUGAACGAUGCCUUUGUGAUGGAGGCGUGGAGGAAGGAUCUUGGGGUUGGGGAUGAGGUGAUGUUGUUGUCGGAUGGGAAUGGGGAGUUUACGGGGAAGCUUGGUGUGGAGUUGGAUUUGAGGGAUAAGCCUGUGGGACUUGGUGUUAGGUCGAGGAGGUAUGCGAUUUUGGCCGAGGAUGGGGUUGUGAAGGUGUUGAAUCUUGAGGAAGGUGGGGCUUUUACUAACUCUAGUGCUGAGGAUAUGCUUAAAGCUCUUUGAUUCGGAUUUGUCUUCUCUGUUUUACUUUUCGUUUGAAAACUUUCGGAUUCUGUGUAUCUUGGCAUCGGAUCUGUAAUGGAAUAAUACAUCGGAAUCGUUUUUUUUGUUUUGUGAACAGUCGGAAGCGUUGAAUAAUUUGGGUGUUACUCUAUUUACGUGUGUUUGACAUUUCACUAUUUGAUUGAUAAGUUCCAUCUUGAGAAAGAUGCCAAGACAAAAGUUUGUGCUAGGUCUCUUUAAUAGACUCUUAGCACAAAAGGAUUUGGUCUCAACAUGAACAAUUUAGCUUGUUUUUACGUAUAUACACAGUGACAUUUGUUUUUGUAUUUCACUUGAUUUCAUAAUAUGGUUCUGUGGAUAGUGGA